UUUCCCUCUGUUUUGCGCUCUUUCGCGCUGUUUCCACACUGUUUUGCGCUGUUUCCCUCUGUUUUGCGCUCUUUGCGGUGUUUCGUGCUGUAUUCAGUAAGUAGUAUGACUGCCUUCAAAUGUCUUGUAUAAUACUGACUACGCAAUUCAAUGCUGAAAUUGUCCACUGCACUGUAUUUCUAUAAAAAUUUGCAAUAUUGUGUUUUUUGAACUUUGUAUUGUGAUAAAUCUCUCUCUCUCUAUUUGAUAUGCAAAGUCAUAACAGUUAAACUUUAAAUUCAAAUUUUGCAAUGUACAUUUUUAAUAAUCCAAUGAAACUAUUUAAUACAUUUCAUAUCUUUAUAAACAUGUUUUCAUACAUUGUGACAUAGGAAUACUUCUGUUAAAUUUGACUGAAAUGAGUGAAUGUUAUAAUCUUGAAUAUUCUCCUCCAUUAUGUGUAUGGGAAGUAAUUGAAGAAAGUGUAUCAGCUGAAAAAGUACCAGUUAUAAGAACCUUACUUGGAGAAUCAAAAGUAGAUUAUGCAAAUGAUUUGCGAAAUGAACUGAACAUAUUGCUGGAAAUAUGGAAUGAAAUUAGUGAAGAUAAAAUUCCCAACUUCCAUAUAUCAACAAAAACAACAGGAUUUCCAGAACCGCCAAAACAAAGAGAAAUGUUGAUCAGAGAAAUUCAACUAUUGUUGCAGAAUUUGAAAGAGAAUGAGAAUGAUUUCGGACAAACUCUACCUUCUGACAGCAAUGAACAAAUAAUAAAGUUUAUGAAUUAUAUAUCAGAAGAUCAACGGGCCGCACCCUCUCCUAAUGUAUUAUUACGUCCUUCAUCUCGAGAUUCAUCUUCUUCAUUAUUGGACAAUGGGGAAAUUGGUCUUGUUGCAAAAAAUAUUGAGGUUUUAGAAAUUGAAACUCCAAUUGAUGUGCUAAAAAGAUCAUUACAGUGUGAAUGUGAAAUUUUGACUGAAGAUAUUGAGUAUAUUAGGAAAUGUGUGGAGGAAGGCAGAUGUGAUUUUGAACCAGUAGUUGAACCUUCUCUCAAUGAAUUGAAACAGGAACGCAAAAAACUGGAAAAUCAUUUGAUGAAAAGUAUAGAAUUAAAUCCAUCUGAUAUAAAAGUAAAUACAAAAUUAAUUAGUCUGGAAGAAAAAAGUAACAAAAUAAGAACUACAACACCUGUUGUAUCAAGAAAAAACCUGCCACCAGUGAGACCAGCUUCAGCAAGUUCAUAUCAAAUGCAUGAAAGAGGAAUUGCUAUAAGUAACACAGUACCUCGAUCAACUAAUUCCAUUGUUAACAGCAGUAAAAAUUUGAUUAAACAUCCCUUGACACCAUCUUUGGGCACUAGAAGUCACACUUAUCCGAUAGAAAAAGAUGUGAAGCCCUUGCCUAACGUCUUCCAAAGAAGAAAUUCCAUGUCAAUGAUAUCAAAUCCUGAGAAUAGCACAAGGGGAUGUUAUAGUUCACUAGACUUUGGUUCCAGUUUUGAGGAUUCAUCCCCAAGAACAUACCUUGGAUCUUUUUGUGGUACACCGGAUAGCGGUGUAUGUUCUCGUCCCAUCAGUCAACUAGGAUUGUCUGACAGCACAAAUCGGUUUUCAAAAUUGCAAGAUGAUGAAAUAUCCAAUAGGGAUUUAAAUAAUACCAAUGUACAGACACAAGUUGUCAGCAAUGAUGUUCUUGAUAAUUUUAAAUUUGAAAAUGCUGUUUCAACACCAUUUGCGCAUGUUCCAAAACCUCCGAGUAGGAGAAAACCUCAAUCUGUACAAAGCACCAAAUUUCGAAGGAUUAAGGCUUCUGGUCCAGUUCUAUGACAGUGUUAUUCAUAAUAGGAUUAUAAUGCGUCCAUUUCUAUCCUAUGCAAACUACGCUGAUAGAGUACUAAACAGUGUGUUUUGAAUAAGGUGAAAUGUUCAUCGUUUUGAAGGAGUGGAUUUCUCAUUGUAUUAUGUUCAAGUAUCAUAACAACCAGUUUGUAUGCACAUUCUGUUUGCGCUACACUCUCUGUUCAAAUACCAGGCAUUGACUUUUUUUUUAUAUGAUCAAGCCUUUCACAAUCUCAUGUGUUUCCUAUUUUCUUCCUUAUUGCAAUCUCAGUUUUUAUAAAUUUUUUUAUAUUGACAACUGUGUUUAUUUAUAUUUUAAUAAAAAAAUUGCAAAUUCUA